UGGAAAACGAUGUCGGGUGAAAAUGUCAUGGUGGCGGAUUGCAGGUUUUUGGGCUACUUCUUAAUUGCACCGCAGCCGCUAUAUUGUCUUUAAAAUAUUUAUUUCACUGUGACCUGCUGCUGACUAUUAGGCAGUGAGACAGUCUGUUGCUGAGCAAGUGAGUGGUGGGGAGUAUGAGGGCCGGAGGCCGAGGUGUGUGUGGUUUGAGACUGAGCGCUGCAGCUGAGUAACGACGACUCAGAUAAAGUCUGAGGCCGGUAAUAUCAACAGUGAGGACAAACCCAGCCUGCCUCUCUCCUUCCACACUGAGUCCAAACCUACAGUCACUGGGUCCUGAUUGUGUCAGUGGAGCCCAGUUUUCACUGCAGGAUCCAGAGAUGGCAUCAGUGAAGCUGGAAGACUGCAGUCAAACACUGGAGCUGAAUGUCAACAUUAAAGAUGAAGAAGAAGAGGAGGAGAAGAUUGGGAAAUCUGUUAAUCAUGGAGACCAUGUUGAGACAUUCUCUACAUCCAGAGAGCAACAGCAGGAAGAUCACAGAGCUAAGAGGUCUCACCACUGCCCACAUUGUGAGGAGAGUUUCCCAAUUCUAUCAAAUCUAAAAAUACACCUAAAAAUACACACAGACCAGAAUCUGUAUUCCUGCACAGAUUGUGAGAAGAGAUUCACAACAUCACAGGCUCUGACAGCUCAUCAGAAAGUGCACACUGGAGAGAAGCCAUACUUCUGCUUUGUCUGUGGGGAGAGUUUCUCUCAACAGGGCCAUCUAAAAACCCACCAUCGAAUACACACAAGAGAGAAGCCAUACUCCUGCUUUGACUGUGGGGAGAGUUUCUCUCAACAGGGCCACCUAAAAACCCACCAACGAAUACACACAGGAGAGAAGCCUUACUCCUGCUCUGACUGUGGAAAGAGUUUCUCUCAACUGGGCAGCUUAAAAACACACCAACGUAUACACACAGGAGAGAAGCCUUACUCCUGCUCUUACUGUGGGGAGUGUUUCUCUCAACUGGGCAACUUAAAAACACACAAACGUAUACACACAGGAGAGAAGCCUUUCUCCUGCACUGAUUGUGGGAAGAGCUUCACAACAUCACAAGCUCUGACAGUUCAUCAGAGAGUGCACACUGGAGAGAAACCUUACUACUGCUCUGAAUGUGGAAAGAGUUUCUCCCAAUUGGAUAUGUUAAAAUGUCACCAACGAAUACAUACAGGAGAGAAGCCUUACUCCUGCUCUGACUGUGGUAAGAGUUUCUCUCAACUGGGCAACUUAGAAGCACACCAACGUAUACACACAGGAGAGAAGCCUUACUCCUGCUCUGAGUGUGGGAAGUGCUUCACAACAUCAGCUGAACUAAAAGUUCAUAAAAGAUCACACACAGGAGAGAAGCCUUACACCUGUUCUGACUGUAGAAAGAGUUUCUCCCGAUUGGAUAUGUUAAAAUGUCAUCAGCGAAUACAUACAGGAGAGAAGCCUUAUUCCUGCUCUGACUGUGGAAAAAGGUUCUCCCAACUGGGCAACUUAGAAACGCACCAACGUAUACACACAGGAGAGAAGCCUUACUCCUGCUCUGACUGCGGGAAGAAUUUCUCCCGAUUGGAUACCUUAAAACGCCACAAAUGUAUACAUAAAGGGCAGAAGCCUCAUCAAUUCUCUCAGACCAGCUAAGACUUAAAGUCACUCCAUCACUUAAAGAUGCACUAUGUAGAAAUCACUCCACUAUUCCCUGCAUGUUAAAAUUGCAAUAGUUCUAAAAUAAGCAGUCCUUGUGUAGUGAAUCAUUGUACCAUCUAAACCGCUGUGAAAUAUAUUUUCCAUUCUCAAAAAUAUUGUAUUUUCAGCUGUUGUACAAAAAAUGGAAGUAAAAAACAAAACUUCAGAACGGGAAGCAUAGAAAUAGUGCACAUAGAACAGAUCUACUGCUUCUUAGACCGAGAUAAGCCUUACUCCUUGUCUGACUGUGGAAAAGGCUUCACAGCACUGGGUGAUCUAAAAGUUAAUCGGCGAACACACACCGGGGGAAAGCCUGUGUGUACUACACUGCCUGUGGGAAUAUUUGAUCUCUAUUGGACAACUUAGCUAGGCUUGGGCGUUAUCCAGAUUGUCAUA